AUGAAUAAUUCGAAAAAUUUGACAUUGAAACAAAGUUCAGCGAUUAUACCAAUGUCCGAUUUUAUUACACUCGUGGAUAAUUUAGAUUCAUCGUCGACUACUAAUUCAGCAGCGACCAUUAAAAAAAAAGCACAAUCAAAUUGGACACCAGCAAUGAAAAAGAUUAUAACAACAAAUGCUUUGAAGAAGAAGCAAUUCGAAAAACAGGUUGAGAAACCGUAUAUCUCGGCAGACAAAAAUGUACAAAAUACAACAAAAUUCGAAGAGGAACAAACAACAACCAUCACAGGAACAUCACCAUUCUGCGCAUCGACCAUCACUAUCGAACAUCUAAUUGUAUCAUCAAAAGAAAUCAUUACAACAGCAUCGAAAAUGAAUUAUUUCGAGCCGAUAUCACCAGUACCAUCAACCGAUAGUAGUAUUAGUAUAUUAUCGAUACAUUAUCCGAUUUUGGCACUACCUAAAAUAAAGCACAAAAGUAACGUUAAUUCUAACAGUACCAACAAAGAGAUCGAUGCUAAGGAGAAGAUAGGUAUUCUCAAUGAGAAACGAGUCAGAGAGGAUACACAAUUACCGAAUAAAAAAUUACGUUUAUUAUACGACCAAAAUCUGCUUGACGAUGAGUCAUAUAACAAAUUAGUGUAUCAAAUGAUCAACAAUCAUCCAAGCAGCUCAAAUCAACAAGGACUUGAACGAACCCGACGAUUACAUUUAGCAAGUUAUUUUUUGAACUGGCAUAUAACACAUGCAUUCGAAUCAGCUAAUAAAGAAUUUCAACAACUUUUUUCUAAAUAAAAACUAUUUUAGCGCUUGUAUUUCAUCAACAUAGCACUGAUGAGUCACUAUCAUCGACAAAUACUGGAUAUAAUGCAUAAACCAAUAACAUCAUUAUAAGCAGCGACACACUAGGGUGCUUUAUAUUUUUUUAUGAGAAAUGUUUCUUAUGCUUAUAACUAAUUACUAGAGCAUCAUAGCGCGAUGAAUUCAACGAAAACAUUGCUUUACAUGCUCCAAUUAGUAUCGACUAGCUAAUUGAACUGUAACGAUUGCUACCCAUAACCAGAUUACUUAAUUUUCGAACAAAUAUUUUAUGUGCCUAUAACUAAUUACAGAGCAAUUGCACCUUGAUGAAUUCAACGGUAAUUUUGUUUCGAAUGCCAUAAUGAAUGUCGACAACAUAAUUAGACUGUGACUACUCAUACCCAUUGUGAGAUUACUUAAUUUUCGAACAAAUGUUUCUCAUGCUUAUAACUAAUUACAGAGCAAUUGCAUCUUGAUGAAUUCAACGAAAAAUUUUUUUUUUCGUAUGUACUAAUUAUUGGCGACGACCUAAUUAGACCAUGACUAGUGCUACGAACUGUGAGAUCACUUAAUUUUCGAUCAAAUUUUGCUUGGGCAUCUAACUAAUUACUAAAGCUAUGUACCUUAAUGAAUCUAACACACACUUUUGUUCCACAUGCCCUAAGUAAUGUCGACACAAUCAAUUAGACCAUGACUGAUGCUAAUCACACUGAGAUCCCUUGUUUUUCGCACGACUUUUUUUAACGCUUUUAACUAAUUGUGAAAGCAUUGCACCUUAAUGAAUCCAACGGAGAUAUUAUUCGCCAUGGCCUCAUUGACGUACAUAACCUAAUCCGACCGAGACGCUGGAUACCCACU